GACUGAGUGUCACUAAAGAUCCGACAGAACACUGUAAGAGAGAAAGUGUGUUCAACUACUUUAAAGUACUUUGACCUGUUGUUUAAAAGAGACAGGAUCACAUUUUUCUACUGGAUUUACCACAGGAAGGAUUUUAUUUCACUAAACAAGGUGGGGGAUAUUUUUGGCCAUAUGAUUUGUGUGUUCUGUGUGACCUCCUCUACUUGCUUUCUCAUGCAGGUGUUGGACAGAUAAGCGAUGUCGAAGGUUUUGAUGCUGGCCAUCAUCACAGUACACCUCCUGAUGUUGGAGGGGGGGAUGUCGUCAAGGACCCGCACCAAGCGAGAACUGGCCAGCCCGCUGCACUUGAGUGGCAUCCGGGAUCCUUACGGCUCAUACUGCGAGAGGAGAGGAGGCUGCUGCCCGGGAAGAAAUGACCAGUGCACUGUCCCGUACAUGGACACGAUCUGUUACUGCGACCUGUUCUGCAACCGCACCAUAGCCGACUGUUGUCCUGACUUCUGGAAUCACUGUUUGGGGACAGCUCCUCCAUUCCCCACCAGUUCUUGUGAAAGAAACGGCCAGAGGUUUCAUUCAGGAGCAACAUACAAAGAGAACUGUAACUUGUGUACGUGUGGUCAGAAUGGACGUUGGGAAUGUGAGGAUCACGCCUGUCUGAUAGAUGCUGACAUGAUCCAGGAAGUCAACAGUAGAGGUUAUGGCUGGAGGGCAGCAAACUACAGUCACUUCUGGGGUAUGACCCUGGACGAGGGUCUGCGGUAUCGCCUGGGAACACAGCGGCCCUCACGGACCAUCAUGAACAUGAAUGAGAUCCAGAUGAAUAUGAAUGGAAAAGAUCAUCUGCCAAGUUACUUCAACGCAGCUGAAAAAUGGCCAGGGAAAAUCCACGAGCCAUUGGACCAGGGCAACUGCAAUGCAUCCUGGGCCUUCUCCACCGCCGCUGUUGCAUCAGACAGAAUCUCUAUUCAGUCGAUGGGUCACAUGACCCCUCAGCUCUCCCCCCAGAAUCUAAUUUCCUGCGACAAGCGUCACCAAGGUGGCUGUGCCGGUGGACGUAUCGAUGGGGCCUGGUGGUACUUACGUCGACGAGGGGUGGUGACAGAGGAGUGUUACCCCUUCUCUCUGCCUCAGCAGACCCCCACCGAAGUAGCUCGCUGUAUGAUGCAGAGUCGAGCGGUGGGCCGGGGGAAGAGACAGGCCACGGCACAUUGUCCUAACAGCCACAGUUACCACAAUGACAUCUAUCAGUCAACCCCACCAUACAGACUGUCAUCGAAUGAUAAGGAGAUUAUGAAGGAGAUUAUGGAUAAUGGCCCAGUGCAAGCCAUCAUGGAGGUCCACGAGGAUUUCUUUGUGUACAAGAGCGGAAUUUACAAACAUACAGAUGUCAAUAACUACAAACCUCAGCAGAACCGCAAACAUGCAACACAUUCCGUCAGGAUAACAGGAUGGGGAGAGGAGAGAGAUAACAAUGGCAGAACAAACAAGUACUGGAUUGCCGCCAACUCCUGGGGUAAGAACUGGGGUGAGGACGGGUACUUCCGCAUCGCUCGUGGUGAGAACGAAUGCGAGAUCGAAACGUUUGUUAUCGGUGUGUGGGGAAGAGUAAACAUGGAGGACAUGCACAGUCCUCACCGUCAUCAUGGAAGACGCAAGUAAAGCAGUGAGAUCACUUGCCACCUCAUUGCCUGAUGUACACCGCAAAAAGUCAAUCGGGUCCAUGGCAGGUUUGUUAAGAGUCCGAUUUCCACCAAAUAGAUAAACACCCAUGCCUUUUGAAUAUCACCAUGUUCAUAAAACAAUCUCCUGUGGCUCCAUUCUCACACAUAUGUUGAGAAAUAAUAUCGGGAUUGUAUAUAGAUCUGUCAUUGUUAGUGUUAUUGGUGGAAACCUGUCUGAUCAGUGCCCUGACCUUGAAUAGAAACAACUACAGGACUCCGACACUUUCCAAAGACUUCACAGACACUCUGCUUUACAAUAUCACAUUUUUUUAUUUGACUAUCCAGUGAUAUUAAGAAGUGUCUCAACUUCUUUAGGGGGGUUUUAACUUCUGGGAAGCCGUGGCCUUUAACCAGUUGGCUGCGAAAUGGGAAAUGAAGUUGGUUUUUAGGACCAAUCAUUUAUUCUGAAAACACGAUAGAUUUGAUUUAUGCAACAUUACAUUGCAGUAAAUCCUUCAGUUGAGAUGUUGUUAAGCUUUUUAAGUCAAUAUAUAAAAAGACUCCAUUCAAAUGUAACCUAAAUAGCAAAGAUAAUGGUUGUAAUUUUGAAUCAAUGUUAAAUGGGUUAUUCUCAAUGUGACUCGACUUUAAACCAAUAAUCUGGAUUUAUGUUUUAGAAUCCGAUUGUCAUGGAUAUGUAUAGGGUUGGUUAUUAAAUCAAAUUUAAAGCAGAUUCCACAGCCCAAAACAACUGAUAGCCACUCAAUGUAUAGAAUUUAUCUCUGCAAAAGAACUAAAAUAAAUCGAGAACGUCCCCAACAAUAUCUUAAGCUUUACAGGUCAUUUUUCAUUUGUUUCUUGCAGAGACAUUUUCCACUUCACAUUAACUUCCUGUGCCAGUGUACGAAUUGAGGAAUAAAUGUGUUAAACAUUUUUCCAUGAUAAUGAAGUUUAAAAAUUCCUGCGUGCAUUUAGUGUCAUAUCAGCAAAUGUUUUUUUUCAAGUUCUCAAGUGUACAGGAGCACAAAGAGUUUUCAUGCUAUUCUGCCCUAACAAAAAGUUACCUGAGUGGCGGAAGAGGAUUUAUGUAACUUGGAGCUUAAAGUGACAAAGGUUGCAGAAACACACAGAAAAACACGUGUCAUAAAACCACUUGAAAAAACGAUUGAUUUAUAUAACAUGAAAUAAACUCAGCAGCACAUAUUCUUUAACCCUUAGGCUUUUACUUUACCGGAUAUAAAACAUGUAGGUUUAAUGUAAUUCAGCAUAAUGACCCAAACCUUUUUUCCAAGUCUUACGCUCUUGUUAACAAGUAAUUUUGUGCACAAACAUUGACAAGUAUAUCUCUACUGUAUGACCAUUCCUUUAUUUUUAAAAAUGUGUUUUUGCUGUCAUUCACAGUAAAACAUCGGAGUAUAAUUUGAGUGGUUUGGGUGCAAUUCUGAAGUUUGCUUUCUGUCUUUGUGUGUAAAUCAGGCAAAAAUGUAUAUAUUAUAAGACACCAUAGAGCAUUACUCCUCACUAUCCAGAUAUAACUCUACGGAGGAUUAAUAUAUGUGUGCGUGUGUUAAUAAGCCUGAAAUAUAUACACCUGCUGACCAUUGCAGACCUUUUAGCAGUGUCAGCCAAAUAAUUUCAUGCACGCACCCUAGUGUCUAGCAAGCUCAUCUGUUGACUGAUAAUGUCAUUAUUACAGUGACAUGGCUGUAAUUCAAAGCAUAUCAUUCGGCAGAACACCCACUGACAGGAAGAUUCACUUCAUCACAAACGUCAGAAACGGAUGUUCUGCACACCAGUCAAUUAGCAUUUGGUAAUGCGAAUCAGUCAUACGAGAUGAAGCAUUUGUGCGGCCCAGCAAAUGGGCUCAUGUCAUGCAUAUUACCCAGCUUUACAUUAAAGUUUAUAUAAGGUUCAUACACUGAUCUGGUCCUUUCUUGGCCCUCAUUCAAAUGUCUCCAUUCCGUUCUUAUAUUGUAAUUUUGAAUUUGUGUUAUUUAAGUACAAUGUUUGUAAAUGCAUCUCCAGUUACUGCUGUGCAAUGUUUCCAUGUUCUCUUUGUACACAAUGCAAACCACCGUAGUGUUCAGUUUUGAUGCAAUAAAAGGCUUACAAACCA